AUGCCCAACACAAGCCUUCGUCGCCCUCAAAAGGGCUUUCGUCGGGGAGGAAAGACUGCCUACCAUGGCGCUCGCACGCGGACAUUCGCGGCCUCCUCGAGGAACGAGGCCACAUCGGCCGACGAGAAGUGGGAGCGUACCCGGUUAGCGCACACCAUUGAUGAGAACAUGGGCUUUGGACGUUAUGAGAGCGGCAAGAAGAAGGAAGGGUGGCUGGUCAAUAUUCAACCCACAUCGAUCGAGGACGAGCGGAUACCUGGCGGUCGAGCAGCAGUUGACUGCUACUUCAUCGAGGAAGACGGCUCGACCUUCAAGGCGACGGUGGAAUACGAUCCUUACUUCCUCAUCGCUGUGAGGAAGGGCCACGAGUCCGAGGUGGAAGAAUGGGCAAAGAGAGUUCCUGGAGGCGGCGUCGUCAAGUCGAUUCGACGAGUUGAGAAGGAUGAUCUCAACAUGCCGAAUCACUUAGUUGGCUACCGAAGGACUUUUCUCGAGCUGAGGUUUGCCAAUGUCAACGACCUCUUGGCCGCGAGGAAGGACAUCAUGCCUAUUGCGGAGAAGAACAAGAAGAACAUGAAUGCUAUGGAUGCCUACGCCGAGGUUGCGGCUGCUGCGAACGGCGAUUUUGACCUUUUUGAUGAUUCACGAGAUGACGACCGACAAAUGAACAAUGCAUUCACGGAUGCCAGCGACUUUAUUGUCGAUAUACGAGAAUACGAUGUUCCGUACCAUGUACGAGUAAUGAUAGAUAUGGUCGCAGACAUACGAGUAGGAACUUGGUACUUCGUAGAAGCGAAGCACGGGGUAACCAAGAUUUCUCCCAACGAUACGAGAUCACUUCCAGCGGACCCUGUGGUCAUGGCCUAUGAUAUUGAAACGUCAAAAGCUCCUCUCAAAUUCCCCGACGCCGCCGUCGAUCAGAUCAUCAUGAUCUCAUACAUGAUUGACGGCCAAGGGUUUCUAAUCACCAACCGAACAAUCCUCUCCGAAGACAUUGGCGACUUUGACUACACUCCCAAGCCAGAGUACCCUGGUCCUUUCAUGAUCUUCAACGAACCUGACGAGAAGGCCGUCAUUGAGAGAUUCUUCCUCCAUAUCAAGGAGGCACGCCCGACUGUCAUUGCAACAUACAACGGUGACUUUUUCGAUUGGCCCUUCGUAGAAGCCAGAGCUAGCGUCAACGGCAUCGACAUGUACCACGAAAUUGGUUGGAAGAAGGACAGUGAAGAUCAGUACAAGUGCAACUACAGUGUACACAUGGACUGCUUUCACUGGGUCAACCGAGAUUCGUAUCUUCCCCAGGGUUCCCGUGGUCUCAAGGCCGUCACAGUCGCAAAGCUUGGAUACGACCCUGAUGAGCUCGACCCUGAGCUGAUGACACCGUAUGCCAGCGAACGGCCUCAGACUCUAGCCGAAUACUCCGUCUCAGAUGCCGUGGCAACAUACUAUCUUUACAUGAAAUACGUGCACCCCUUCAUCUUCUCUCUCUGUACCAUCUUGCCGCUGGGCGGUGACGAUGUGUUGAGAAAGGGAACCGGUACUCUCUGCGAGAUGCUGCUGAUGGUGCAAGCUUAUCAAAGAGAGAUCGUGCUUCCAAACAAGUAUAUCACACCGAAAGAAGCUUUCUGGGAUGGACAUCUUCUUGACUCAGAAACCUACGUCGGUGGUCACGUCGAAAGUAUCGAAGCUGGUGUCUUCCGAGCUGAUAUCCCUGUUGACUUUGCCGUCGAACCCAGUGCCAUUGACGAGCUUCUCAAAGAUCUCGACGCCGCCUUGAGAUUUGUCAUCGAGGUCGAAGAGAACAAGAAAUUUGAUGAUGUUGAAAACUACGAUGAGGUCAAGGCCCAGAUCGUCGAAAGGCUGAACAAGCUCAAGGAGACACCAAACCGCAACGAAAGGCCACUGAUCUACCAUCUUGACGUUGCUUCCAUGUACCCCAACAUCAUGACGACCAAUCGAUUGCAGCCCGACUCGAUGAUUAAGGAAGCCGACUGCGCUGCAUGUGACUUCAACCGACCAGGAAAGACUUGCGACAGGAGAAUGCCUUGGGCCUGGAGAGGCGAGUACAUCCCAGCAAAGCGAGACGAAUACAACAUGAUCCGACAUGCACUCGAAAACGAAAGGUUCCCUGGAAAACAUCCUAAUGCCCCACAGCGGACAUUCCAGGAGCUGAGUGCGGAUGAGCAAGCAGGUCUUAUACGGAAACGUCUCCAGCUCUACUCUCAAAAGGUCUACCACAAGAUCCACGACUCAACCACCAUUGUGCGAGAGGCAAUCAUUUGUCAGCGAGAGAACCCAUUCUAUAUCAACACUGUACGAGACUUCCGUGAUCGUCGAUACGAUUACAAAGGCAAGGCCAAGGUCUGGAAGGGCAAGACAUCAUCUCUUCAAUCAUCCGGCGCGUCUCCAAGUGAGGUUGAAGCUGCAAAGAAGAUGAUUGUUCUGUACGAUUCGCUACAGCUUGCCCACAAGGUCAUUCUGAACUCGUUCUACGGAUACGUCAUGAGAAAGGGUUCGCGUUGGUACUCCCUCGAGAUGGCUGGCGUUACUUGUUUGACUGGUGCCCACAUCAUUCAGAUGGCUCGAUCCUUGGUUGAGCGACUUGGACGACCGCUUGAGCUGGACACUGAUGGUAUCUGGUGUAUGCUGCCCGCAACAUUCCCAGAGAACUUUUCGUUCAAGAUGAAGGGCGGAAAGAAGCUCAACAUCUCAUAUCCUUGUGUCAUGCUUAACCAUCUCGUCCACGCCAAAUUCACCAACCACCAGUACCAGACUCUGGUCGACAAGAAGACGCUCAAGUACGAGACACACAGCGAUAACUCCAUCUUUUUCGAAGUCGACGGUCCCUACAAGGCCAUGGUGCUGCCAACAUCAAAGGAGGAAGACAAGAACUUGAAGAAGAGAUAUGCCGUCUUCAACGAUGACGGCAGUCUUGCUGAGCUCAAGGGUUUCGAGGUGAAGCGUCGUGGUGAGCUGAAGCUUAUCAAGAUCUUCCAGCAGCAAAUCUUCAAGUUCUUCCUGGAGGGAACCACACUAGCUGAAUGCUAUGCUGCGGUCGCCAAGGUUGCCAACCGCUGGCUCGAUGUCCUCCAUAGCAAGGGUACUACUCUAGCGGAUGAGGAGCUGAUGGAACUCAUUUCCGAGAAUCGAAGCAUGUCCAAGACGCUCGAGGAGUAUGGAUCACAAAAGUCGACCAGUAUCACAACGGCCAAACGUUUGGCAGACUUCCUGGGUGAGGGCAUGGUCAAAGACAAGGGAUUGAACUGCAAGUUCAUUAUCUGCGCUCGACCCAAGAAUGCCCCCGUUACCGAACGAGCCGUUCCCGUGGCAAUCUUCUCUGCGGAAGAGUCAGUCAAGCGAACGUAUCUCAAGAAGUGGCUGAAGGAGGAGCCUGCCGACACCGAUCCUCGAGCACUGCUCGACUGGGACUAUUACCUGGAGCGAUUGGGCUCCGUCAUCCAAAAGCUCAUCACCAUUCCCGCUGCUCUCCAGAAAGUUCGCAACCCAGUUCCCCGAGUACCGCAUCCUGAUUGGCUUCAGAGGAGGAUCAACAUCAAGGAUGACAAGAUGAAGCAGAAGAAGCUCACGGAUCUGUUCAAGAAGAGCCCAUUGGAAGACAUUACGAACAUCAACGGCACUCAGAUGAAUGAUCUCGAGGAUUUCGGGAACAAGCUCUUGAAACCGAAGUCAGUCAGUUCAGCUGUGGCAGCCUCUCAAGCUGCAACGACAGUGCAGAAACGCAAAUCCCCAGAGCCUGCGGAAAACCCCGAUCCCAUGGCUGCACUUCCCAAGGUCAUGCCAAGUCCUUCUGAGGAUUACGAGGCGUUCUUGAUGUAUCAGAAGAAGAAGUGGAAGUUGCAGAAGCAAGCUCGCAUUCGCAGACGACAACUCUUCGGUGACCGACGAGGACACGCCGGGAACAACAUCCAGCAAACGUUCAUGAAGCAAGCACAUGUUACCUACAUGAACAACUGGCAGGUUCUGCAUCUCAAGGCGACCGACACGCCUGGUAUUGUAACAGCACAUGUCCUGAUCGAUGCCAAGAUCCACACGCUCAAGAUCAACGUCCCUCGUCAAGUCUUUCUCAACCUCAAGAGCAAGGAUUUGCCUGAUGUUGAGGUUGAUGGCUGCGAAGUUGAGCAGGUCAACUACACCCUCCCCAACGGUCACCCGUCCAGUCAUCUUUUCAAGUUGACGGUGCCAGAGGACAUCUAUUUCAACGAGAGUGAGAAGUUCUCUCUGCUUUUCAACCAUCCCAGUGUUGAGGGAGUCUACGAGAAACAGGUGCCCCUGAAUAUCCGGGCUGUCUUGCGUCUUGGCAACCAGUGCACCAUUGACGAGACACAGGACGCUGUGCUUGGCAAGGGCCUUGAGCAGGGCUUUGAUCUUUCAGGUUUGAAGCGACCAGCCAAGCCACGGACAUAUCUCGACACGUCUCCCCUGGCUUACAUCUACAUCUCUCACAUCACCGCGGGCGAGCGCCAGAUCUUUGGUCUCUUCUCAACAACCAACGAUCAAGCCCAUGUGGUGAUCCUUCAGAAGAACAAGGACUCUGGCCAAGAUCUCCCCAACAUCACCAGGAUGUACUCUGACAUGCUUGCCCGACGAAAUGAGGAGGCGGCCGGCACUAACUGGCAAGACUGCUUCAGAUACCAAGAAAAGCUGCAGUUCAAGAUUACGCAGGUGACAACACGACGCAAGGCGCAUUUGGAGAUUGGCGACAUUGUCAAGAAGAUGCGCAAGGAUGAGCAUCGACCGCAGAUGAUGGUGAUCCGGUCUUCUCAGCGCAAGCUGCUGAUCCACGAUGUCCCAAUCCUUGGAGACUUCCCUGUUCUUCCGCUGAAGUAUGAUGCAGCGGAUAGCUCGUUACCACCCCUGGGUUGGCAGUCUGUGAUCGCCAAGCGACUCGUUGGCCAUUACCUUGGCCUUGGAUCAUGGAUUUUGCAUCUCACCGCUCUCGCUCGUUAUGGCGAUGUACCCCUAUGCAACCUGGAACGCGAUGAUCCUCGAUUCUUGAUCGACGUUGCCUACGCUCGGCGCCUACAAGCCAACGGAGUCGUUCUUUGGUGGUCUCCUGGUUCGCGGCCUGAUCACGCUGGCUACGAAAAGGACGACCUCCUUGGACCUCUAGAUAAUGUCAAGAUGCCAAGUGUGAACAAUCCCGGAACAUUUUCAUCAGUGUGUAUCGACAUUGAUGUCCGCAACCUUGCCAUCAACACCAUCUUGACAUCAUCUCUGAUCAACGAAUUGGAGGGUGCCGACUCGGUCUCGUUCAACCCUGCCGCAGACGACUCUGAGACGCUUACCUCAGAGAGUGCAUUCGCCAAUGCGGGCGUGCUCGUCCUCCGUGAGAUGGUCAAGGCGUGGUGGGCUGAAGCUUGUCGUGGGAGCACCAUGGCUGAUGUCUUGGUACAACACUUGGUCCGAUGGGUUGAGAACCCUGACUCGUUCAUGUACGAUCGGGCUCUGCACUACUAUGUGCAGAUGAUGUCUCGCAAGGCCUUCCAACAACUGAUGGCCGACUUCCGCCGCGUUGGUUCUCAGGUGGUAUUUGCCAACGCCAACCGACUUAUCCUCCAGACGACAAAGGCCGAGGUGGGCAAUGCGUACGCUUACAGUCAGUACAUCAUCAAGUCAAUCAAGAGCAAGCCGCUGUUCCACUUUAUCGAUCUGGAGAUCAAGGAGUACUGGGAUUACCUGGUGUGGUAUGAUGAGUUCAACUAUGGAGGAAAGGCCUGCCAGGAGGUGAUCGAGGCUGAAGAGCAGAACCUCGAAACGGUCAUGAACUGGCAGAUGGCCACGUUCCUCCCCGUGCGUCUGCAGCCGACGUUCCAGGACUGGGUGAUUGAGUUUAUCCAGCUCAUGCACCAACUCAAGCGGCCUCAGAAUGGAGAUCCAGACGCGACACCGCAGUUGACACAGCUACCAAGCAAGGGUUUGGAGAAUCACGAAGGGCAGAUCAUUCUAGGCAAGACAUUCGAGAAGCCUUUGAAGAAGGAUAUUCUCGGCCUCAUCAACAAGCAGAAGCGCGAACUCCUCCAUCCAGAGCUCGCCGAAGACUACUCGUUCCCCAGUCUGCCUGGCUCGCAUCUCACUCCACGAAACCCCAUCCUCGAGCUUGUCAAGUCCCUGAUGCAGGUUCUCUCGCUUGACAAGAACAUCACGCUCGAGGCACGUCUGCUUCGCAAGGAACUCCUGGCGCUAUUUGAGGUUCGAGAGUUUUCCAAGGACGGCACGUUUACCAACCCGUCUGAGAGCCUGCGUCUUCUACAGGUUUCGUGUGACAGCUGUACUAUGGCACGAGACCUUGAUCUGUGCCGAGACGAGGAUCUCUUUGGUGAAGGCACAGCAUGGCGGUGCGGUUUUUGUGGAAGUGAAUUCGACCGGGUGGCCAUUGAAGAGCGACUACUCGGUAUGGUGGAGAGUUGGGUUGUUGAGUGGACUACCCAGGAUUUGAAGUGUGUCCGUUGCGGAGCAUUGAGGCUCAACGACUUUAUGGAGCACUGCACAUGCAGUGGAGAGUGGAAGGAGAUUGUGUCACGGCAAGAUGUGAGCAAGAAGCUAGGAGUCAUGAGAAGGGUGGCCAAGUUUUACGGGCUCAGGAUGCUCAGUGAUGUUGUGGAGGAACUGUAUCAGGACUCCCCGGCUCUUGAAUUUAGGCUUCCUUCUGAGCUUGGUUUUGGCGUUGAUUGUUACCGCUCUGCUUCGCCUUCUAACCUGGACUGUGCGCCACUGAGGCUCAGCCACUGGGAUUCGUCUUAUUGUGGGAGGGAGAUGAGCACUGUCAGCACUGACACGCAGUCUUCCUCCUCGGUUGGUUCACUUCUGUCGUCUAUUUCUACAGAUACAGGUGAUACUCUAACUAUACGGAAUGGAACUGUUCCAUCGAGGGGCCCGAGCCCGCUGCAGACCAGUUGCCUUGGCGACUCAGCACACCCUUUCGUCUGCCUCGGGCCACGAUGUCAAGAGGCGUUUGCCUCGGAUGAAGAGCUCAGGUGCCACGUCAAGUCGACCCAUACGCACUCGUGCAACUGGGUUGGCUGUACCCAUCCCAGCUUCUCAACUAGAGACGGCCUGGUCUACCACGUCAAGGUUGAGCAUCUCGUCGUAUGCCCUAUCCCAGGCUGUGCAGAGUCUUCGUUCCAGAGCAGCCGCCUCUUGCAGUCGCAUAUUAUGCUCGCUCAUCCAAAAGAUGGCGGGGAUGAUGUAAAAGAGUGGCAGCUCCCGGCAAAAGUUGAGCCUGUUGAGAACUCCUUAGCCAGACCGGUAGAGGUGGCCAGGCUCGGCAAGAGAAAGGAGAGAGACGAUGAUCUUGACAACAUUGUCGCCACAAAACAGAUGUGUCAAGAUAAACUACGCAGUGUAGUUGAAAAACGCGCCAAGAAGAAUGCUAGUACACCUCGAAGUGCAGACAGUCCAACAGACCUCGUCCGAGGCAGAGCAUCAAGACUCAUCGAAACAACAAGCUUUCCCCUCGUCUUCGAACAUGCCAUCCUACCCUUCCUCUCCAAGUAUCUCCCAGCUUGGGUCGGUCCCCGUCACGUUGUCACCGUCACCAGGGGCAAGACACCACAGAUGAAGCGUAUCUGCAUCAUGAGCCCCAGGGCAAUCUCUUUUGCCCGCAAGAUCAUCAUCGCCAGCCAUGUUCAGGAUCUCAUCCCCGCCAAUUUCCUCAAUCUCGUCUCCUUCGUGUUUGCCAAAGGUGAAGUCAGCCGCAGUGUUACUUGGGCUAGGGGUUUGGGCAAGGACCACAAGGACGAUAUCUGCACGGCGAGGAACCCUUACUUCUUCCGUGAUCCUUGCAUGGGCGACAGCAUCGGCGUCAAGGGGAACGAUGCCUUUGAAGAUAGCACGGCCACGCUGGGUCCUUGUCUCACCGUUGGAGGCGGCAGCUACUGGCUGGGUAAUUUUCACCCCUUCAUCGAUGCGUACCAUAGCCCUUCCCAAGUCCAGGUCGAACACCCAUCCUUUCAAGAUCGCAAGCGAUGUGUGUCAGAGGGCCACGAUGCUCUGACGCAGGCAGCCAGCUUUAGUCUCGGCAAUCUUGAGGUCACAUCUGGGCUCAAUCUCAAGACGACACGUAUUUCUCACGAUCCUUACUGGGAAGAGUGCGACAUGGACAAGCCCCUGAUUGUCACUGAUUGGGCUCUCAUCGCCUCCCGUUCCUCGCACGCCAACAUGCUCCGUCGUUUUCCCUCCGACACUCUGCCCCAGGUCCGAGAGGCUAUCGUCACUACCACCACCUCCAUAAUGCCUGGUGCCGAUGUCAUCUCCAGUGGUCGAACAUCCGGAUACCAACGCGGUCAGAUAGGAGAGAUUCCAGCUUACGUCUCGGGAGAAGAAAACGGCACUCACAAAGCCACUAGGGAGUGGUUCAUCGAGGAGCCGUACCCUCAAGACAACGAAGACGACUGGAUUCGUGGAGGCAUCGGCGUCAGUGGUGAUAGCGGCGCG